CCAGCUCCUCCGAAACACUGAACGGCGAAGGUGCACGAACUAACGGCAUCUCAACCGACUUCAGUGGAGGUGAAAUACACCUCAAUACACCUCAGAGAAAGGUUAUGACGGAUCUGAGCUGAAGAUGGAGCUUUUCUGGAUCUUAUUAUUUUAUGUCGUCCAUCCAUACGCACAGGGGCAAGGAGUUUACGCUCCAGCGAACGCUCAGAUUGUGCACUCGGGCCAGGCCUGCGUGGUGAAGGAGGACAACAUCAGCGAGAGGAUUUACACCAUCCGGGAGGGGGACACGCUGGUGCUCCAGUGUCUGGUCAAAGGGCACCCCCGACCACAGGUGCGGUGGACGAAGACGGCGGGCAGCGCCUCGGAGAAGUUCCAGGAGACGUCGGUGUUCAACGUGACGCUGCGUAUCGAGCGCAUCCAGAGGGUGCAGGGCGGCCGGUACUACUGCAAGGCCGAGAACGGGGUGGGGGUCGCUGCCAUCAAGUCCAUCCGCGUAGACGUGCAGUACCUGGACAAGCCAGUCCUCACAGUGCACCAGACCCUCAGUGAUGUCCGUGGGACGUACUACCAAGAGAAGACCGUGUUCCUGCGCUGCACGGUCAAUUCCAACCCUCCUGUGCGGUUCAUCUGGAAACGAGGGAACCAGCUCAUUGAGCAGAGCAAGGACAAUGGAGUGGACAUCUAUGAGCCCCUAUACACACAGGGUGAGACAAAGGUUCUGAAGCUGAAGAACCUACGGCCACAGGACUUUGCCAACUACACGUGUGAAGUGUCCGUGCGGAAAGUGUGUGACAUCCCGGACAGCUCGGUCACCUUCCUGCUCACCACCGCCACCUCCCCUCCUGCCCUGCGUCUGUCCGUUAACGAGACCCUGGUGGUGGACCCCGGGAGGGACGUGACCCUGUCCUGCGAGGUGACGGCCGGGAACCCCACGCCCACGGUGUCCUGGUCCCGCUACCCCGGGCCCAUGCCGCCCCGGGCCCAGAUCCGAGGGGGCUCUCUGUCACUGCGCUCCGUCACCCCGGCCGACUCGGGCUACUACAACUGCACCGCCGUCAACAGCGUGGGCAACCCCGCCAAGCGCACCGUCAACCUGAUCGUCAGAGUCAUGAGGAACCUGACCUUCCAGAUCACGCCGGACCUCAACAAGGACAGCGAGUCCAUCCAGAUCGGCCGCGACCUCAAGCUGUCCUGCCACGUGGACGCCCAGCCCCAGGACAAGGUGAACUACACCUGGUACAAGAACGCGGUGCCCGUCGUGCCCUCGGAGAGCCUCCUCUUCCUGCGCAGUGACCCCGACAUGGCCCCCGGCACCAGCAGCCUGGAGAUAGUGGACAUGAAGUUCCGCGACCAGGCCACCUACAGCUGCGUGGCUAGCUUCCCCGGGAGCUCCGUGUCCGAGCUGCGGGUGGACGUCAACAUCACCCAGAGCAGCGGUGAGGUUAUUCCGCCGGUGCUGACAGUGCCCACUGGUGGCGGGACGGUGACGGUGCGGGAAGGAUCGUGGGCGGAACUAGUGUGUCUGGUCGACGGGAAACCCCGCCCCCCUGUGCUGUGGUCCCGAGCGGACAAGGACCUGCCCAUGCCCAACGGAGACUGGGCCAUGGAGACCAGGGACGGGCGUCUGCGGCUGAACAACGCCACGCGGGACCUCGCCGGGACUUACCGCUGCCAGACCGCGCAGUACAACGGGCUCAACAUCAAGAGACGGGAGGCCCAGGUCCAGCUCAUUGUGCAGUACGCCCCGCUUGUAGACCCGGUGUUGCAGGACGUGCGGUCGCCCAGCAACAUGCCGGUGACGCUGCGGUGCACGGUGCUGAAGUCCAACCCGCAGCGCGUGGCCCGCGUCUCCUGGCUGGUGAACGGGCGGCCCCUCCGCCCGGAGACGCUCAACACCCAGGACCCCCCGCAGCUGCGCAUUGAGAACCUGCGUCCCGGCAACAACGGCACCUACGAGUGCAGCAUCAACAACGGCGUGGGGAGCUCCUCCUGCAUCUUCAACGUGUCCGCACGGCCGUACAACCCGGAGUUCUACUACGACACGCCCAACCCCAUCCGCAUCCAGAAGGACAACACCUACUCCUACAACCUGCAGUGGACACAGAAGGAGCCGGCGGCCGUGGACCGGAUUAUCGGGUACUGGAUCAACUGCCAGAGCUUGUCAGGUCACACGGUCAUAUCGAAGCAGAUCACCGUGAGCGAGCCGAAGAAGGGCGAGCUGAUGUCCUACGCCCUGACGGACCUGCGCAUACCCCUGUCCUACGAGGUGUGGCUGACGCCCAUCACCAUGUACGGCCAGGGAGACUCCGCCUACCGGAUCAUCCAGUACUCUGAGCACUACGUGUGCGGCUUCGAGGACGACCGAAUAUGCGGGUUCACUCAGGACCGCAGCGAUGUGUUCGACUGGACCCGGCAGAACCAACUGAGCCAAAACCCCAAACGCUCCCCCAACACUGGGCCUGACACGGACCGGAGCGGCACCAAAGAAGGGUACUACAUGUACAUCGAGGCAUCGCGGCCGAGGCAGCCGAUGGACACGGCGCGUCUCCUGUCCCCUCUCUACAACGUCACCGCCAAGGGCCCCAAGGGCUCCAACCGCAUGUCCUACUGCAUCUCCUUCUACUACCACAUGCGCGGGAAGCACAUCGGCUCUCUGAACGUUCUUCUGAGGGUGAAGAGCAUCGCCAUGUUGGACACUCCGGUGUGGGCCGUCUCUGGGAACCAGGGCCCCCAGUGGAGGCUGGCCAGAGUGCCCGUUACCCCCAUCGGGCCCUUCCAGGUGGUGUUCGAGGGCGUGCGGGGCGGAGGGUACGAGGGCGACAUCGCCAUCGACGACGUCUCCGUCACCAAGGGCGUGUGCAAGCAGGAGAAAUCCAUCUCCAACCAAGUGCUGUCCGGAGGGCCCGCCCUGCAGCUGGACGCCUUGCUGGCCUGCCUGCUCUUCUGCCUCCGGCUGUUCUACAGAUGAUGAGCACACACAGCGCCCCCUGUCUACGGAGGCAGGCACUGCCCAGAAAAAAUGCUCUCGCGCUCUCUCUCUCUCUCUCUCUCGCUCUCUCACUCCCCGCAAACCCCAUUUGCCUUUCUCUCUUGCUUCAGAAAUGUGUACAACAUGCCCUUCCCCCCCCUACACUCUGUUCUUCCCCUAGAUUGUGGUAGUCCUCCAUAGACCCCAUACCCAUGUCCCUCUCUGUUAUCUAUCUCUCCAUCUAUCUAUCUAUCCAUCUUCUAUGCUGUUUGCCAUGUCUGUCGAAUCCUUUUUAUCACCCAACGUCA